ACAUGGACACGCAGACCUAUACUGUUAUAUCUACAUUAGCUACAUAUAAUGAACUUGUUUUAUCACCCAGUUGAUCGAUUUGUGAUUAGGGAGACAAACUUCUUUGUUGCUUUAUUGAGUCGAUGAUUUUAUAGAUUUUCUGGUUUUCAGUUUCAUUUCGCAUGAGAAUUUGACGGUGGCGUGAGCUUUUUAAUGUCUCAGUUUACGGAGCCCUGUGAUGUGACAUUGAUGGUGGCAGGGAGGAGAACACAUCCAUUCACACCAAAUGAAAGUUCAGCUUUCUCUCCAAACCAGGCACUGAAUCAAAAUCAGGCAGUUAAUUACAGAAAAUUGGGGAAGAGGCACCUUGGGGGUGUGAUAUUUGGUUGCAAGAGUAGCACGAUAAAAGAAUGUCUUUUCAAGCAACUUUUUGGCUUACCAGCUCAACACUUUUGUUAUGUAAAGAACAUAGAACCUGGUAUGCCAUUGUUUCUAUUCAACUACACUGAUAGGAAGCUUCAUGGAAUCUUUGAGGCUGCUAGCCCUGGCCAAAUGAAUCUCAAUCCUUAUGCGUGGACCACGGAUGGUUCAGAAAGAACAGUCUUUCCUGCGCAGGUUCAAAUCCGUCUCGGGUUACGAUGCCAUCCGCUGUCUGAAGAACAAUUUAAGCCAAUAAUUUCAGACAUCUACUACACCACAAACCAUUUUUGGUUUGAGCUUGACCAUGCCCAAGCAAGCAAGUUGUCGUCCUUACUAUCAUCCAUGGCAAUUGCCCCAAGUACUUUUGCUCCUCAAAAUUCGACAAAGUGGAGAGCUCUAUUCCAAGCUCCACCCUCACAUGAUAGGGUGAAGGAAAUAGAAGAACCUUUUAAGCCACGAGCAUUUGAGGCUGGGUGGUGUUUAGAUGGUGCCCCGUUGGAUGCCAACAACCAUGCAUUGGAGGAUUCUUUUGAAAAGCAGGUGGUGGAGAAACCGGAGGACCUUAUAUACAUGAAGCUAAAGGAAUUGGUUCUUAAUCGGGAGCGCUCAAACCCGCCUUUAUCUGAUAUACAAGAUAGUGCUGCUGUAAAUGAGUUGCACUCAGGGCAAGAAGGACUUUCAGAUGCACAGACAAAUUCCGAAGGAAUAAGUGAAGAAAGUCUUAUCAACUCAUUGGAAUAUCCUUCUGUUGUUGCUCAGUUGGUUCAAGGAAUGCAAGAGCUGAAGGUUUUUAAAAGAGAACAAAUUCAUAAGAUGUGUCGUCUGGAGCAGAAACUGGUUGAAGCAGAAACAGAAAUCAAACAGCUAAAACAAAGGGGCGUGGUUUUGGAAUCUAGGUUGCAUCCUUCUGUGGCACAUGUUGAAGAAAUGGCCGUGGAGCCAUUUAAUGAUCUUGAUUUGGAUCUUGAUGAGUUGAUAUUUCUUGUGGGAGGAUAUGAUGGUGCAUCGUGGUUAUCGGCACUGGAUUCCUAUUCACCUUCCCAUGAUGUGAUAAAAUCUCUCAAACCAAUGAACUGUAUUCGUUCUUAUUCCUCUGUUGCAAGGUUGAAUGGGGAGCUUUAUGUAUUUGGUGGUGGAAAUGGUUCUUUGUGGUAUGACUCAGUUGAAUCAUAUGAUCCAGCCAGUGACCACUGGACUCUACGUCCAUCUUUGAAUGUCCAAAAGGGAAGCUUAGGUGGUGCUACUCUAAACAACAAAAUUUUUGCAAUUGGUGGUGGAAAUGGGGUUGAAUCGUUUGCAGAUGUUGAAAUGCUUGAUUUAGAUGUCGGACGCUGGAUUGGUACAAGAUCUAUGCUACAAAAGAGAUUUGCUCUUGCUGUAGCAGAACUUAAUGGUGCACUUUACGCUGUUGGCGGAUAUGAUGGAAAGGACUAUUUGGAGUCUGCUGAAAGGUUUGACCCAAGAGAACAUUCCUGGAUCAAAAUUGCGAAUAUGAACACGAAGAGGGGGUGUCAUUCAAUGGCAGUUCUGAAUGAAAAAUUAUAUGCCAUUGGUGGUUAUGACGGAAGUGAAAUGGUUCCGAGCGUUGAAAUUUUCGAUCCUCGUCUCGGUUCAUGGAUGAUUGGGGAGCCAAUGGACCAAUCGCGGGGAUAUUCUUGUGCUGCUGUUUUGAAGGACUCUUUAUAUGUAAUUGGAGGCGUGAAACCAGGCAGCGGCGAGAAACACGAGACCAUUGUAGACACGGUUGAAAGGUACAAGGAGGGUCAGGGGUGGGAAGUAACCAACCUGAGGGCCAUUGGAGAAAGGUGUUUUUUCUCAGCUAUUGUUUUGGGGGGCUAGACAUUUUAAAGUACCAGCUCUAAAUUGUCAAUCUGAGGAAUUACAGAGAGACAUAACCUUUUUGUUUUUAACCUCACUUCCAAUUUCCAAUCUUACAUGCUCUAGUUUUAGUGUUCCCUAGUUGGGAUCUUGCUCACUGCUCAGGAAGGACUUUGUAGACAAACAAGAACCUAAUGCUCCGUUUGGUUGCUGUUAUCGAAGUUGUCUUUCUAAAA